AAACACUUUUAGAUAUAGUGGAACAUAAUCGUCAACCAACCAUCGACACAUAAAUUUGGCAUUUCACGAUUUAGAUUAUUUUCGACUUUUCUUCUUGCUGAUUCGUAGAAAUUCAUUUAUUUCGCGGUAAUAUAUUAGAUAAUAUAAUAUAUUAGGUCAUUAAGUAUGAAAUGUUCGAUUUCGAAACAAAAGUUUGGUUCAUUACAUCUCAAACCAGAAAUAGUAAAAUUAAUCAAAGUAUGCGCUUAAACUAUCGACACAAUUCUGCCAUCUUAACGGUAGCUUAUUCAUAUCAACAGCGAAAAAGCCUGAAGAGCGAGUGACGAUGAAAUCGCGGAAGUCGUUUUCCACAGAUUGUUGAAAAUUGAAUAUUGUUGUGCAAACGCGAGACAAACUCCGCCGCGCGGAAAGAAAUAACUUUAUAUUGGGUUGGAGACGAAAAGUUUUAUAUACAGCGAAACCUUACAGCCAUGAACUCUCCCGCGCGUAAAUUGUAAAGAUAGAGCCGACUCUGAACGCUGCACGUCAGCCUGUGUCGACGGCUCGUGCUCGACCUCCUCUGUUUCUUUUUGUUAUUUAUUCCCUCGUUGCCCAGCUGAUCGCCUGUCAAUUUCUCAAUCGAUGCCGCCGGUUCAAGCCCGCGAACAGCCGACGUUGCCACACAUACGGUGGCUCGGAUACAUUACUCCUCUUCUCUCUGAAAUUGUCGUCCCGACAAUUCAUGGAAGUUGUCCUCUUCUUAAUCCAAGGAACUUCAUGGACCUUGUCCUGUCCUGAGCUGCUGCUGCAAGUUUUGCGGACUCCAUAAAUUUCUAUUCCCGAUUAAGAAGUGCGUCCGCUUCAAAUACGUCCUCCAGGAGGUGAUCAGUUUCCAAGACGUUCCUAGGAGUGACCGAAGUUUUUUGUCGAACCUCGCCUUCUUCUUGACAUCGGUCUUCAAACAAGGGGGGGGGGAAUUUCCAUGAACUCAUCCAUUCUCAGUGAGAACUUCCUGAGUUCCUACCUUGGCAUUCGCCCUUUUUUUCCGAAAGACUCACGGGAAAACCACGAUCAAAAACCGUGAGUAAGGUAGUCUUCUUAGUCUGUUGAAGAUAGAUAAAAUUUCAUCAAGCUGGACAACGAAUCUGGGAAAAGCAAAGUGAAAAACGUUGUUUCUGAAAAACAAAGAGAAUUAAUGAAUCUUCAUCUUUCAAAUAUUGCCUGAUAUCGGGCUCAGACUUAAAAAAAAAUGUUAAAUCGCUCGUUUGUGAAAGGAAGCUAAUCUAUCAGAAUGAACUAUUUUCUUCUUAUAUUUUUUCGAUUUCUGAAUACAAUAUACCACGUCACUUAAUUUCUUAACGACUUUAAAACCUUCCCAAUGUGAUUAUAGUUUUGGCGCUCUUCCCACUUUACGACGGAGAUUAUAAAACCAAACUUUACUUCCCUCAGCAAAAUGACACUUCUUAGCGCCCUGAUCGUAACGAAAUUUGAAAGACAUAGAUUUUUUAAACAAAUUUUGCUUAGCGACUUCAUGAAUUGAAUCUAAUUUCUCUUGAAGUUGAUGGCAAUAAUUAUUUGUCAUCUCUGUCUCAGAAGGAGGAAUUCCGCACAAUAAAUCAAACGGCAACCUGAGUUCUCGACCUAAAUAUACCUCAGCUAGCAAAAUUCCGGUGGACUCAUGUUGUGAAGAUCGAUACGCGAGAAGAAACAUCGGAAUUCACUGAUCCCAAUCCCUCUGAUUUUUAGAAAUAAAUUAAGACAAAUAAUUGACAAUAGUAAAAUGUUGUCUCUCCAUUUGGCCAUCAGACUGCGGAUGUAACGCGGAAGUGCGUGUCUUCCCAAUUCCCAUUAACCUUGAAACCUCCUGCAAUAAUCGGGAUUCAAAACUUCUGCCCUGAUUUGUGCGGAGCUCCAAAGGCUCCAUGUCUGGAAAUAAAUUGCUUCACAAAUACAUCCGCCACAGUAGAAGCUCUUACAUUCUUAACAGGAAAGGCUUCAACCCAUUUGGAAAAACAAUCUGCAAUUACCAACAAGUACUUAUUUCCCGAAAAAGUAGUUGGAAGAGGCCUAAGAAUGUCCAUCUAGAGCCUCUCCAGCGGUAAUCCAACAUUAUAAAUCUGCAAAGGAGGCUUUCCUUUAUCAGCAGGGCCCUUUUUCGCAACACAAAUUUUGCAUGACUUACACCAAUUGUCGACAUCCUUUUUGCAGGUCGCCCAAUAAAAUCUUUUCCGAAUCUUAUCUAAGGUUUUGUUGACUUCAAAAUGUUCACCGGAUGGAGAAUCAUAAGCCUCCCUUAAAACUUCCUUAAUCCUAUUCUGAGGAACGAUAACCUGAAGAAUAUGCGAUUUAAGAUUAGGACUCUCCCAUUUCUUAUAAAGGACUCCAUCCCUCAAAAUCAAUAAAUCCCAAUAGGACCAGUAAAUUUUCGUAAAAUUUUUGGAGAAGUAGUUUGCUAAAGCGGUCGUUGUUGCUGCUCCUUUCCAAGCAAAAUAAAAGAAAUAAAUCUUCCAAUUGUUCUUUCCUCCAGUCAAUAGAAUUACUCUCCCCAAAAAUUAUUCGUCCCAAUAUCUCUUUACUAUUCAUAGUCUCUCUUGACUCCACUCUUAUACAAUAACUACAAGGGUUCUCUUUACAAGGUCAACGAGAAAGUCCAUCGGCAUUCUUGUUCGCGCUUUCUUUUCGAUAUUCAAUCUUAAAAUCGUAUUGUUAUACCUUUUCAAUCCAUCGAGCAAGUUGCCUUUUCAAGUUUUUAAAUAACAGCAGCCAUUUUAGGAAUUGGUGAUCUGUUCCAAUUAUAAAUUUCUGUCCAUAAAGAUAAUGAUGGAAAAAUUUCAAAGAAUCUACAAUUGCUAAUAAUUUUCUCCGCGUUACACAAUAAUUUCGCUCUGCUUUACUUAGCACUCGGCUAUACCAGGUAGUAAGCUAGAACUUUUUCAGUUCCAUAUUGAACUUGCGAUAAAACAGCACCGAUCCCAUGGCCUGAAUUAUCGAUGUCGAGGAUAAAUUCCAUAUUUUCCAAAGGAAAGGAAAGAAUUGGAGGAGUAAUCAAUGCUCAUUUAAGAUUUUCAAAAGUUUGUUAACAUUGCUCAGUCCAUGAAAACUUAAUUAAAUUCUCUGUCAAUGUAUACAAGGGUUUUGCAAUCAACGAGAAUCCUUUAACAAAUCUUCGAUAAUAAGAGCAGAAACCAAGAAAACUCCAAACUUGCUUCUUGAUCAUGGGGACAGACCAUUUCGCCAUUACAGAGAUCUUUUGUGGAUCCGUCAUUAUUCUCUUCUCAGAAAUUAUAUGACCGAAGAAAGUUACACUUUUGCUAAACAAAAUAUAUUUUUAAGGUUAAUCUUCAAAUUGACUUUCCUUAACCUUGAAAAUACCUCACAAAGAUUCUCCAUGAUUCCUUGAAACGUCGGACUGAAAACAAUUACAUCAUCUAAAUAAACAAGACAAAUCUUAAAUAAAAGUCCAUGUAAAAUCUUUUCCAUCAUUCGCUCAAAGGUCGUCGGAGCAUUGUAUAAUCCAAAUGGCAUGACAGUAAAUUGCCACAACCUAACUCCCCAAAGAAAAAGCUAUCUUUUCCUUAUCCUCUUCUCGGAAUUUUACUUGCCAUUACCCGUUCUUCAAAUCAAUUAUUAAAAACUCGGUUCUGAGGCCAUGAGUUCAGCUGUAUCUUUGGCUAGUCCAACUUUUCUAAAUAGAUCAUUGAGUUCCGCUUGAGUGUUUACAUGGCCUCAGAAAUGAAGAAGAAAAGUUUGUUAGUGACGAACACUAAAGCUUCAUUUUAUCGAGAGCGAGAAAAAGAUUUUCGAAAAUAUUUCACGCAAGAUUCCAAUUUAGUUUAUCGCUCGAAUGUUAAAGGACUGAUUGAUGAAUUAAAGCCUAAUAUAUACAAAUGUAAUGAAUGGAGGUUAUUUAUUGACUCUUCCAAACGAAGCCUAAAGGCAGUGUUACUCCACAAUAUAAACAAGUAUGCUUCUUUACCGAUAGCACAUUUAACUGUGCUUAAGGAAGAAUAUUGUAACAUUGAAAUGGUCUUGAAUAAAAUCAAAUAUCAAGAACAUAGAUGGCAAAUUUGCGGAGAUCUGAAAAUUUUGUCCAUGAUACUAGGACAAUAAUCGGGCUUUACUAUGUACCCAUGUUAUCUGUGUAUGUUCGAUAUAGAUAGAAAGAAUCACUACAUAAAAAAACAGUGGCCAGCAAGAUCAUCACUCGAACCUGGUUCAGGGAACAUUGUACAUCAGCCACUAAUAGAGCCUUCUAAAAUUCUCCUUCCUCCUCUUCAUAUCAAACUUGGUUUGAUGAAACAAUUCGUCAAAGCUCUCAACAAAGGGCAAAUGUUUCGAAUAUUUAGGACAAGUAAUGUAUCUAAAGCCAAAUUAAAGGAUGGUAUUUUUGAUGGCCCGCAAAUUCGCAAAUUGUUUAGGGAUGAAAAUUUCGUUACUACUAUGAAUGAGCAGGAAAAGGUAGCAUGGCUUAGUUUUAAAAAUGUCGCAACAAAAUUUUUGGGGAAUAAUAAAGAUGAAGACUACAAAAGAAUAAUAGAAAAUAUGAUAGAGAACUUUCAAAAAUUAGGUUGUCUAAUGAAUUUGAAACUACAGUUUCUUGAUUUUCAUCUCGACAGCUUUACAGAAAAUCUUGGAGAUUGUAGUGAAGAACAAGGUGAAAGAUUCCAUCAGGAUAUGAAAGAAAUAGAGCGUCGAUAUCAAGGAAGAUGGGACAUUAAUAUAAUGGCUGAUUUUUGCUGGAUGCUGAAGAGAAAAACCCGGACAAAAGGACAGAAACGACAUAGAAAUCCCUUACACAAGUCAUUUGAAGACAAACGUGAACGAAGGCGCAAACCAAUAUAAGUUAUAGAUGCAAAAUAACCGUAAUAAGUCCCAUUUUUAUUUCACAAGUCAAAAUUCUCAAGAAUAAACCUGUCUCUUUCAAUCGGCCGACUCCUUCUAAUGAUACAUAGCACUUACAUCAGAAAUCGUGUGUUUUCAACAGUUUUUGUGGUUCUGAAGGCAAAAUAACCACGAUAAC